CAUAAAAGUCUCCUACAUCGACUUUGUGAAUAAAAGACAAGUUCAUCUUCUUUGCUUUUCCUUCACUCCAUUGAGCUCUGGAAGCAAUUACUUGAAGUUGCAGAACUAUCCUUAUCACUUUCUAAAAGAGAUUGAUUGGAACUCGGUUCUCCUCUAUUCAUCAUGCGUUUUCAUACUACCGCUGCUAUCUCAGCAGCAGCUCUAUUGGCGGGUUCUGUCAAUGCCGAUGCUCAAUCUGUACUUAGUGAAGCAAGCUCUUCGGUAUCAAGUGCUGCUACUGAAGCUUCUUCAUCAGUCUCAUCUGCCACUUCUACCGGCAUUGAACUUCCUACCUUCACUGUAAGUAUUCCAUAGUUUACGCAUCCCGAACUCUUCAACAUCUAUCGAGAUGAUUUCCUAACAAUUAAAUCUAUUACAGCCUACCAAAAUAACUGCCGAUUUUGUCGAACAAUUCACCGAGGACUGGGAGACACGAUGGAAGCCAUCCCACGCCAAAAAGGACACCAAGGGUUCUGACAAAGAAGAGGAAGAAUGGGCUUAUGUUGGAGAAUGGGCUGUCGAGGAGCCCCACGUUUUCAAGGGUAUGGAGGGAGAUAAGGGUCUCGUUAUCAAGAACGCCGCUGCCCAUCACGCCAUCUCUGCGAAAUUCCCCAAGAAGAUUGACAAUAAAGGAAAGACCCUUGUUGUUCAAUAUGAGGUCAAGUUGCAAAGUCAGUAUAAGUAUUCUCAAUCAAUUAGUUAACAUCACUAACAUUCAAGCAGAUGGUCUUGAAUGUGGUGGAGCAUACUUGAAGCUCCUCCGCGAUAACAAGGCUCUCCACCAAGAGGAGUUCUCCAACGCAUCUCCCUACGUUGUCAUGUUCGGUCCUGACAAGUGUGGUACCACCAACAAGGUCCACCUUAUCAUCAAUCACAAGAACCCAAAGACUGGUGAAUAUGAGGAGAAGCAUAUGACUCCUGCACCAGCCGCCAGAAUCCUCAAGACUACCGAGCUCUACACCUUGAUCAUUCACCCCAACAACACAGCCAUCAUUAAGUUGGAUGGUGAACAAGUUAAAGAAGUUAACCUUCUCUCCGACGACUUCGUCCCAGCAUUCAACCCACCUAAGGAGGUUGAUGAUGCCAAGGACUCUAAGCCAGAAACUUGGGUUGAUGAGGCCCGUAUUCCAGACCCAGAAGCUAAGAAGCCCGAGGACUGGGAUGAGGACGCGCCAUUCGAGAUUGUCGAUGAGGAAGCUACCAAGCCUGAGGAUUGGUUGGAGGAUGAACCUCUCAGUAUCCCAGAUCCUGAGGCACAAAAGCCAGAGGAUUGGGACGAUGAAGAGGAUGGAGAUUGGGUCGCCCCAACCGUACCAAACCCCAAGUGUGAGGAUGCUUCGGGCUGUGGUUCAUGGGAGAAGCCAAUGAUCAAGAACCCAGCUUACAAGGGCAAGUGGACUGCACCUUACAUUGAUAACCCAGCCUACAAGGGUGUCUGGGCUCCACGCAAGAUCAAGAACCCAGACUACUAUGAGGAUAAGAAUCCCUCCAAUCUCGAGCCAAUGGGAGCAGUAAGUAAUUUCAUCUUAUUUGAACAUCAUGAUACUAACAUCGCCAUAGAUCGGCUUCGAAAUCUGGACUAUGCAAAGCGAUAUUCUCUUUGACAACAUCUACAUUGGUCACUCUGUUGAGGAUGCCGCCAAGUUCGCCGAGGAGACCUUCCACGAGAAGCACCCCAUUGAACAAUUGAUUGAACUCGAGUCCGUUCCAAAGCCUGAGGACAAGCCAAAGUCUCCAUCUGAUCUUAACUUCGCCGAUGACCCAGUUCAUUACGUUAAGGAGAAGCUCGAUUUGUUCUUCACUAUCGCCCAAAACGACCCUAUUCAAGCUGUCAAAUUUGUUCCUGAAGCUGCUGCCGGUAUUGGUGCCGUCUUCGUUACCCUCAUUGCCAUCAUUGUCGGUAUCGUCAGCAUGAGUGGAUCGACCCCACCACCACAAGUCAAGAAGGCAGCCGCUAAGGUCAAGGGUGCUGCUACUGAUGCCAAGGACAAGGUCGCUGAGGCCGUUGCAUCAGGUACUGACGCCGCUAAGGCAGAGAUCAACAAACGCUCAACCAGGAGCUCAUCGUAAAUAUUGGAUGGAUGAAAUAAUGAAAGCCGGAGAGAAUAAGGAAGAAAUAGUUAACGAAUGAUUUUUCAAUUACUGGGGGAUCGGAACGUCUACAUUUGCAUGCAUUUUAGCAAUCUUUUUCGAAGCACUUCAUUGCCUUCGAAGUAUCGUGAAUGGAUUAGGAAUUCCAUUACUGAAAGUGGAGUGAUAUGCAGGUUACGACGCGGAACUUUGUAAUUUGGGCGCACAAAAUACUUCAAAUGAAUAUUUGGCUUUACUUUUUUGAUACAGUGUUCCUUUUGCGUUUUUGCUGGUGAGCCAUGAGACGUCGACCUACCAAUCAAUGUACAGAGUAUGAAUUGUAUAGCUUAACAUACUCAUC